AUGGAUCAUCCACAUUCUGCCACACACCACCAGAUCACACAAGCACCUUUUGUUCUCACCAUCCAUGCUACCCUCCCAGAAGACCUGGUAAUUUGGGAGAUCCUAGUUCGCCUUCCUGUGAAGUACCUUAUGCUCUAUAAACGCUUAUUCCCUUCUUGGGACGCUGCCACCGCUAAUGUCGGCGUUGUUCGCCGCCACCAUGAACUAUCCCGCGUGGAACCAUUGUCCAUGCUCAUCAUCCCUCGCAAGAGCUCUAUCCAGGAUGAUUUUGAGUUCUCCCAGGAUAUCAGUUUCCACCACCUCCAUGUAGAAAAUACACUCGGCACCAUCUGGAACAAUAAGGGGGUGGGUUUGAUGCUUGAAAAGGUGUGCCCGCCAGGAGAGAAAGGUAUUGCAAAUAAGAUCUUCCCCACGCACUGUAAUGGCCUAGUGUGCAUCGCAACCAACAAGGACCAGAUAUUCAUGUGCAACCCAGCCACCCAGGAGCUCGUGGCAUUGCCGCGCAGCACACCAGAUGUUCGCGACAUCAAGGAGCCAUCGGCAGCUCUAGGCUUUGAUGUGUCACGCAACCAGUAUGUUGUGGCCAGGUACUUCUACAAGUACUUUGAACAUAAUACUUCUAGUGGAGUUCUCAGAUACGAGAUCGGGCAUGAAGUCUUCACACUCGGUGGGGACUCCUGGAUGCGUACCGAUGAACUACCAGAUGCAAUUGGCCACACACGACCAGUCUUCACACGGGGGCCUUCUACUGGGGGACUUAUGCACCCCAUGAUCCCCAGGAGAGUGUGCUGGUGCGAUAUAGCCUAA